UGGUCGUGUAAAGAGCGCACAGGAGCUUACUGUACACAGGUACGAUACUUCUGCACCGUAUAAAUACUGUACAUCUAUACACCCCAUUUAGUGACAGCAGCCGUGUCAUUUACAAAAUUUUACUACGUAACGAACUAAACUCAGUUAUAUAGUUCACUCAGAAUGCCUGGAUCACUUCCUAUAAGCUGUGAGGCUACAUGGCCUAAAGAUGUGGGAAUCAUUGCCAUGGAAGUGUAUGUGCCUUCUCAAUAUGUGGACCAGACAGAACUUGAGGAGUUUGACGGAGCUGGAGCCGGUAAAUACACCAUCGGCCUGGGGCAGGCACGCAUGGGUUUCUGUACUGACCGCGAGGACAUAAACUCUCUGUGCCUGACUGUCGUUCAGCGGUUGAUGGAGAGAAACGGCCUCUCGUAUGAGAGUGUGGGAAGACUGGAGGUGGGCACGGAGACAAUCAUUGAUAAGUCCAAAUCAGUGAAGACUGUCUUGAUGCAGCUGUUUGAUGAAUCGGGCAACACAGAUGUGGAGGGAGUGGACACUACUAACGCCUGCUAUGGAGGAACCGCCGCUCUUUUUAAUGCCAUUAACUGGGUGGAGUCCAGCUCCUGGGAUGGUCGCUACGCUCUGGUGGUUGCUGGAGAUAUUGCCGUCUACGCCACGGGCAGCGCCAGGCCUACGGGGGGAGCAGGGGCUGUGGCCAUGUUAGUCGGACCCAACGCCCCCCUGGCCUUUGAAAGAGGACUUCGUGGGACGCACAUGCAGCAUGCGUAUGACUUUUAUAAGCCAGAUAUGGUGUCAGAGUAUCCAGUGGUGGAUGGCAAGCUCUCUAUCCAGUGUUAUCUCAGUGCAUUAGAUCGAUGCUACUCGGUUUACAGGAAUAAAAUUCAUGCCCAAUGGCAAAGAGAGGGUCUUGAAAAGCGCUUUAGUCUGGAGGACUUUGGCUUCGUGGUGUUUCACUCUCCUUACUGUAAAUUGGUACAGAAAUCUUUUGCCCGUCUGAUGCUCAAUGAUUUUCUUUCUGAUCCAAGUCCAAACACAGACAGUGGACCCUUCAGUGGACUGGAAGCUUUCAGAGAUGUGAAGAUUGAGGACACUUAUUUCGACAGAGAUGUAGAGAAAGCCUUUAUGAAGGCCAGCACAGAACUGUUUGAGCAGAAAACAAAAGCAUCUCUCCUCGUAUCCAAUCAGAAUGGAAACAUGUACACACCUUCAGUUUACGGCUGCCUGGCAUCGGUCCUCGCACAACAAACACCGCAGCAGUUGGCAGGUCAGAGAAUUGGUGUGUUUUCUUACGGCUCAGGCUUUGCUGCAACUCUUUACUCCAUCAAAGUCACACAAGAUGCUACACCUGGGUCUGCACUGGAUAAGCUGGUCUCCAGUCUCUGUGAUCUACAGACCAGACUGGACUCCAGAAAGAAGUUUUCACCCGCUCUGUUUGCUGAGAACAUGAAGAUCAGAGAAGAAACUCACCAUUUAGCAAACUACAUCCCUCAGGGUUCUGUAGAUGAUCUGUUCCCAGGGACGUGGUACCUCACUCGGGUGGAUGACAAACAUCGCAGACAGUACGCCAGAUGCUCUCUGAAUGAUGAUAGACCUUUGGAGGCAGGUCUCAUCGAUUCCAGCAUUACAACUGAGCAUAUUCCCAGUCCAGUAAAGAAGAUGCCCCGUAUCCCAACUACCACAGCUGGUACUGAGGUGGUUGUCUUUAGUAACGGGGAUCAUUGAGUUCACCUCUGUGAGGUGCACAUAAUAACAGAUCACAAUAUGGACACUCGGCCUGGGAAAGCAAAAAGCAAAUAAGGGUCCUGGAACUGUUACUGCCUUUAUUUCAAGGCAUAUUAAUGAGACACAAAGCUUUUAAACCGUUCCCGGACAGGAUUUGUUUGACCAUCACUGUGUUUUAUCUGGCAGAAGCGUUUGUAUGUGGAGAGGUGUUUCUGCGGUGGAUACAACCUGAAAUAUUCCCAUAAACUUUGCUGCUCCAAGUGGUCUAUGCAGAUAACCUGAAUUGUUUCAUACUUUAAUUUCAAAUAUCAAUCUGCUGGGAUUGCAUUAAAUUAAUACAAAAUAAAAGAAAACAGAAGUUUUAGGAUUGUAAGGACCACGAGGUUCAAUUUCUUUGUGAUUUUCAUGUUUUUUGUUCCCCAUCAUUUGUCAGAAUACCUCAGUAAAUCAUUAUUAUAUAAGUUACGUUAUCAGAGAGGUUUGCAGGGAUAACAUACUAAUGAGCCAUAAACUUUAAAAGUUUUCUAGGUCUUUAUUAAACCAUAAUGAUUGUUCAGUUACUACACGUCUGACUUGUAUUAGAACAGAAUAAGCACUUAAUGUUAAGUGAAAUGGGUAAGAUCUAAAUAAAUAUUGUUUGUUGUUAGUGUAUAAUAGUAACCUGAUAUCUUAUGGACAGCAGUUUAAAGGGACAAUAAAUAGGAUUUUCCCCCA